GGUCAGACGUGGAGGGAAUGUCCAACAUGGCUGCCGAUCGGUCCCCCUGGCUGGACGACGGGGAAGCGGGCGAUCUCCACACUCGCUUCGCCAACUGGAUGGCAGAUCUGCCGCCCAACCUGCACACCGCGCCGCUCAAGGACCUCGCCAUACCCGGCACCCAUGACUCCUUCAGUUUCUACCUGGACAAGACGUCCGACAUCUCGCCCGGCGAGCCGCCUGAGAUCAAGGCAGCCGUCAUGAUCAUGGGGCAGGCUGGGAAGGACCUGGUGUACCGCUGGUCCGUCACGCAGGACAUCUGCUUCAUGGAGCAGCUCAACGACGGCGUGCGCUACUUCGACUUCCGCGUGGCGGGAAGAAAGAGCGACAGCUCGCUGUACUUCGUCCACGGUCUGUACGGUAACAAAGUCGAGACCGCCCUGCUCGAGAUCGCCCAGUACCUCAACACCCACCCGAAAGAAGUCGUGCUGCUCGAUUUCAAUCAUUUUUACAGCAUGGUCGAUUUUCACCACGAGCGGUUAAUCGCGAUCUUGAAGGAGAUGUUUGGUCCGAAGCUUUGCCCGCGGAUGGAUCCCGGCGACGUGACGUUAGCAACGCUGUGGGAGCGCGGGCAGCAGGUUAUUGUGUUCUACCACAACAGCGUCGCCGACCGGCACAUCAACCUGUGGACGGGGGAGGCUAUCGUAGCGCCCUGGGCGAAUACGCCCGAGAUCCCAGCUUUAGUUGAGUUUCUCAACACGGAAAAACGGCAGGAAACCAAGUUCUACGUUUCCCAGGGCGUCCUCACGCCGACCGCGGGAACUAUCCUCGGCAACCUGAACGGGAGUCUGAAGGACGUGCUGGCGACACCCGUCAUGCCGCACAUCCUGAAGUGGCUGAAUGGGAGAAGACCGGGGUCCGGCGCCCAGGGCGUGAACAUCGUCAUCGCCGACUUCGUGGAUCUCGCCGAGUUCCUGCCAGCCGUCAUCAACCUAAACUACAAGGAAACUCUCUAAAACUGGAUCUCGGGGUCGGACAAGUUUUCAAACAUCCACUUGUUCUAUAUGGUCAUUUCCACUUGCCCUUGGCAACAGACAUUUAACUGGCCAGAAUUUACUGUA